AUUCAUUACUCCUCAUUCUCUCGGGUUUCGUCAUAGUUUUCUCUAGCCAUGCCAGAGCCGUCCAAGUCCGCUCCCGCCCCGAAGAAGGGCUCCAAGAAGGCGGUGACCAAGGCGCAGAAAAAGGACGGCAAGAAACGCAAGCGCAGCCGCAAGGAGAGCUACUCUGUCUACGUGUACAAGGUGCUGAAGCAGGUCCACCCUGACACCGGUAUCUCCUCCAAGGCGAUGGGCAUCAUGAACUCCUUUGUCAACGACAUCUUCGAGCGCAUCGCUGGUGAGGCCUCUCGCCUGGCCCAUUACAACAAGCGCUCAACCAUCACGUCCAGGGAGAUCCAGACGGCCGUGCGCCUGCUGCUGCCUGGGGAGCUGGCUAAGCACGCGGUGUCCGAGGGCACCAAGGCCGUCACCAAGUACACCAGCUCUAAGUGAGCUGCUAGCCUGUGGACCUAGUUAAUUGUCCAAAUCUACACCCCAACGGCUCUUUUCAGAGCCACCCAUACUUUCAAAAAAGAACUGGGACACAUUUUGUCCGCCCUUAUAAACAAUGAUAGUUUCCGUCGGUCUAAAAACCAAACCCACUGCCGUCGAGUCUAUUCUGACUCAGCGGCCCUAUAGCACAGUAGAACUGCCACCGCCCUAUAGGGUUUUAAGGCCUAUAAAUUUUUAUGGUAGCCAACUGCCAUAUCGUUUUCCCGCAAAGGGGCCGGUGUGUUCGAAUCGCUGACUUUUCUGUUAGCAGCUGAGCGCUUUAAGCACUGUGCCACCCAGGUUCAUGUAUCUUAGUGCUCAACUGGUAUAAAAGUUACUAUUUGGUUUUACUGUGUUUCAAGUGUCUGCUGCCAAAUUUUCUAUAUUGUAAGCAAUGGAAACUGAAAUUUUCUUAUUUUAUCUAACAUCCUAACUCGGAAAUUAAUGCUAAAACUCAACAGUUGACAAAGCUACUCGGUAAAGACCAAGCGCCAUUUAAAAAAUCUAUCGGCUUCUAUUGAAAAUAGCUGAAUGUCUGCUUCCCUUACAAGUUACAAGUCCAUGUUUUCAUGCCCUCAGUAGGGUGCUCCAUGAAUAUCACAUAAACAUUGGUUUGAGAGAAAAUCAUCCCCAGGCCGUCUUCCCUUUAGAUUCGUUUUGUAACAUAAAUAUUGGAAAUGUGCUUUCUUUUCACUUAUAGGCCUCCAAACCAAAAACGCAUUGCCGUUCCGAGUCGAUUCCAGCUCAUAGCGACCCUACAGGACAGAGUAGAACUGCCCCGAAGGGUUCCAAGGUUACAAAUCUUUAUGAAAGUAACCUGCCACAUCUUUCUUCCGCAGAGCUGCCCGUGGGUUCGGACUUUUGGAUUAACCAGGCUCCUUCUCCGUAAAGAUUACAGCCUUGGAAACCUUAUGGGGACAGUUCUGCUCUAGCCUAUAGGGUCGCUAUGAGUCAGAAUCAACCUGACGGCAACCGGUUUGGGUUUUGAUUAUAGCUCCAGCCACAUUGCUCCAGGUGAGGUCAAUAAAGUACAGCAGAAAUGAUGGUAUGUCACUUCCAAGAUUAGAUUAUAAAAAAGACACAGAGGCUUCUGCCUUGACUACUCUCACUCUCUCUGAUCAAUUCCUCCAGAGGAAGGAAGCCAGCCGUUGUUAUGAGUAGUCCUCUGAGAUAGACACCCACAUACUGAGGAACAUGGGGAAUUCAUCCCUGGGCCACAGGGCCUGCCUGCGCUGACUUAUCUAAAUUUUACACAACCGUUUUUAAAGAUUUUAAGGAUUGGAAAUCAUAGACUAAUUUAGAUUCUGACACACACAAAAAAAACUUAAAUUCUCUGCUAUUGAUUCUAUUUCCAGUAGUGGUAAACAAGAAAACUCAGAUCAACCCUGAUGCUGAGAACUAGAACACAAUAUGACUGGAGGUAUCAGGAAGCUAUCAAGACAAUACAGAAUAACAGAACCAAAAACCAGGAAAAAAGAAAACCUAGAGUGUUAUACAGCUGGAAAAUAUGAGGAAGAAAUUCUCCACAUACUAUUAUGGAAUGAUUUUCAGGAUAUACUUUUAAGUGAACUAAAGCAAGGUAGAGAAAAUUCUGUUUAGAAUGUUACUAUUUAUCUAAUUGGGGGUAACGCAGUCCCAGUGCCCCAGAAUAUAAGUGAACAUUUAAUGCACUCAAAUGCUAACCGAAAUGUUGGAGGUUUGAGUUCACCCAGAGGCACCUCAGAAGAAAAAUCUGUCAGCCUGCUUCUGAAAAUCAGCCAUUGAAAA